CCUCUUCAGGUGCGUUCCUGCAGUAGGUCCUUCCCUUAUCUCUCCUCAAAUCUCGCUUAGCUUCGCUUCUCCUUCGGUUUCAGUGCUUAAAUUCCCUAUAUAUCACACCUCAUAAUAACCCUUUUCUCUUCACUACUCACCGUUCUCUUCUCUUGUUACAACAUCCAACUCCAUCUCUUGGAAAAUGUUGACUGUGGAAGAGCUUCUGUUUGAGCUCACUGGGGAAGAUGGAAAUGACCAAGGUUUGCCACCAGGGUUUAGAUUCCAUCCAACUGAUGAAGAGCUUAUAACCUUCUAUCUUGCUUCAAAGGUCUUUAAUGGGAACUUUCGUGGAGUGGAAAUCGCUGAAGUUGACCUUAACAGAUGUGAGCCCUGGGAGCUUCCAGAUGUGGCAAAAAUGGGGGAGAGGGAGUGGUACUUCUUCAGCCUGAGGGACAGGAAGUAUCCAACUGGGCUAAGAACAAAUAGAGCAACCGGAGCUGGGUACUGGAAGGCCACAGGGAAAGAUAGGGAAGUGUACGGUGCCUCAAGUGGUGCUUUACUUGGCAUGAAGAAGACCUUGGUUUUCUACAAGGGCAGAGCUCCAAGAGGUGAGAAGACCAAGUGGGUCAUGCACGAGUACCGCUUGGACGGUGAUUUUUCCUACCGCCACACGUGCAAGGAGGAAUGGGUGAUUUGCAGGAUAUAUCACAAAAUUGGGGAAAAGAGAAAUGGCCUUGUUCAAGGGCAAGGCUUCCUCUUGGAAACUUCAUCACCACCCAUCUCUUGUUCCUUGCCUUCAUUGCUUGAAGCCCAAUCUACCAUAUUAGAAUGUCAAGCUCAGGCUCCAACCGAGGUCCUCCAAAAUCCUUUUCUGAUUCACCAACGAGAAAGUGAUCUCAAAAGUUUACUAGUCUCCCAAUCUCACGUACUCUCAGUAAAUGGGUUAUUCCAACCCUCUUUUUCCCCAUCUCCCAUGACAAUCAACACCAGAGAAACAAACAAAAACACAGACACAAACACCAAUAACAACCCAUCACCAUCUAUGCUCAUCAAGUCCCUUCUCUCGCAUCAAGAUUGCACUUUGAAGGAACAAUCCACUAUUCCCAAACACUGCAAGACAGAGGCAAACUUUUCCCAUUUUCAACAACCUGAAGCUAACUUGAACUGGGUGGAUAAGAUUCAUCCAAGCCAAUACCAAUAUCCAGUGUCUUUUGAGAUGGAUUGCAAUGUUUUGGGGCUCUUAACAGCUGCUAGUGACUCAGACAUUACGACCCAUGAGAUGUCCACUUCAAUUGUUUUCAACAAGGCCGGCUUUCAGAUGAUGUUAGAUACUCCAAUCAGACUCCCUGCAGAAUCUUGGCAGCUAGAUACUAAUUAAGAUCUUCGAGUGUCAAAACAGCUAGUGCCAUAGUAGUUCAUACGUAUACAACAUACCAUCAAUAGAAUAUGUAGCCCCUGAUGAGUUAAUUAAUGUACUGCAGCAGUAAAUGUAGCGCUAGCAAUCCUAAGGUUCAUCCAUUCAUGCAAGAAUAUCUGGGUAAUAUUUUAGAUAUUUUAAAGAUAAUGUGUUUGUUUUUAUUUGA